CAUUAUUUUUGGAGACCAGAAACAAAAUGAAGAACUGGUUCUUUUUUCUUGGAGAAUGUUUCCUGCUUACAAGCAUUUUGGUCGCUGCCGAAAAAGCGAAUUUUACUGGAUUUCAGGUGCUAGAAAUUAACCAUUUGCUAGAGGAAGAUCAAAUUAAAUUUCUUUCCUGGGUUGUUGACUUCUGGACCAGUCCUCGACAAAAUGGAUCCGAGGUCACUUUCAUGCUUCCACUAAAAUACAGGGGAAAGGUGAAGGAAUUUUUGAAUAAAGAGGGAAUAUCUUACAAAAUUGUAAUGAAAGAUUUGCAAUCAGAGAUAGAUAAAGAGACCAAAGAAAAUAGAGAAGGAUGCAAUAAACUUGUAGAAUUCAGUCAAAAUAGAAGGUUAAAGCGCGAAUCUAUUUGGGAAAUUCUUUCAAAUGCUCUUACACGGAGGGGGCGGAAAAUAACAAACUCAGAUUUAUCUUUGAAUGAGCAGAACUACAUAGAGCCCCUAAAGCCUCAAUUAAAAGAGAUUGAUGGAGGAGAAAUGAACUGGAAUCAAUAUCAUCGGUUGAAAACAAUAUAUAACUGGAUGGAAGACUUGGCACACGAAUAUAGUGACCUGGUGACAAUUUUAGUGCUUGGGACUACAGCAGAGGGAAGAAAUAUUGUAGCACUAAAGAUUGGACAAAACUCUAAACAUUCCAAACCUGGUAUAUUCAUAGAAGGAGGAAUACAUGCAAGAGAAUGGAUAAGUGUUGCUAGUGUAUCUUACGUGGCAAACGAAUUAGUAAAGAACCCAAGCAAUGCUGAUCUUUUGGAGAUAUUUGACUUUUUCAUUCUUCCUGUGCUUAAUCCAGAUGGGUAUGAGUACACCCAUACAGACAAUAGAAUGUGGAGAAAGAACCGAAGUAAGGAUUCCAGUUUGCUGAAUAUUUUAACCAACUGCAUUGGAGUGGAUUUGAACCGUAAUUUUGGAUUUAGCUGGGGGGAUAUUGGAUUGAUGGAUGCACCACAGAUGGGGACACCUCUACCAUGUCUUGAAACCUACAUUGGGAGUGCUCCUUUCUCAGAACAAGAAACACAGGCUGUGAGAGACUUUAUUCUAUCUCAACCGGGAAAAUUCAUCAGUUAUCUUGCAAUUCAUAGCUAUGGGUCAAAGAUUGUAUAUCCCUGGUCUUCAACAGAAGAAAAGGUCGCGGAUUGGCAGGAGUUGAAAGAGAUGGCAAACCGGUUUGCAGAACCGGUUUUCCUAGCAUCAGGUGGUACAGAUUUGUACAAAAUUGGUACAGCUACUGAGAUACAGUACAGAGCUACAGGCGGAGCUGAUGACUGGGCUAGAGGAGGAGCAGGGAUAAAGUUUGUUUAUCUUGUUGAGCUGCCUGGAAAGGGGCGUGGUUUUCUUCUCCCGCCCUCCUGGAUAUUACAUGUAUCAAGAACAACUCUCGCCGGAGUCCAAGGAUUGGCCAGAGCUAUCGCACAGAGCCUGUAAAAUAUUUUCUCCAACCUUUUUAUUACACAAGUAAAAAGUCUUUUAA